GAAACAAAAUAACAAAUUGAACAACAAACACGAAAAAUAUCUUAGUUCAGUUUAGUUGAAUUUAUUGUCUGUGAAUGAACGAACUUGAUUGCUGUUGGAAUGUUGGAUCGACGACGGACGUGGCUGGUAGAGAAAUAUUGUACCUACUAUGUUUUUCUAAUUUAAAAUUGUGAUAAUAAGAAAAAAUGUCGGAGACUAUCGUAGCCAAGGGUCAGCCAAUACCUGGGGAUCCCGAAAAAAAAGGCUGGCUAUUCAAGUGGACAAAUUAUUUGAAGGGUUAUCAGCGAAGAUGGUUCGUGUUGUCGAAUGGACUGUUGUCGUAUUACAGAAAUCAAGCCGAGAUGGCGCAUACAUGUCGGGGCACUAUAUCCCUGCUAGGAGCUCUCAUCCACACCGCAGACUCUUGUACAUUUGUUAUUAGUAAUGGAGGUACUCAGACCUUUCACAUCAGAGCUCAUGAUGAAGUAGAAAGACAAAGUUGGGUGACUGCACUGGAAUUGGCUAAAGCAAAGGCAAUUCGGGCUCAAGAGUCUGAUGAUGACGAGGAUCAGAUGUCGACAGACAUUGGUGUGGUUGUGGGUAGUGGAGAGGGUGAAGGAGAGGACGCAGGAGGGAUAGCGAGAGAACUGGCAGCUAGGUUCCACGAUUUACGAACAUGUUCCGAACUUGUAGCGAGGCAUGGCGCAGCUUUACAAAGGUCUCUCGUUGACAUGGAGACUCCACCUACAGACACUACAAAACAAGUCUCAGAACGAGCGACAUUAUUUAGGAUAUCAUGCAAUGCUAUGAUGAAUGCCUGUUCAGAGUUCAUGAGUGCAGCGGCGGCGUCGAGUGCGCGUAUGAGUCGUGCGCUGCAACAUGAACGUGAGCAGAAGAUGAGGCUGCAGGAAGUUGUGGAACAGCUCGCCAGGCAGCACGACAACCUGGAGAAGACUGUGACUGCGCGUAGUACCUCUCAACCAGGGGGGAACGGCUCCGGACAAGGCAACGAGACUGAGGAUGAGGAUCAUGAGUUCUUUGAUGCUGUGGAAGAGGGAGUCUCCACAAACAUGGAAGACACAAAUUCCUUUGUGAUUAAAGUGCCCGUAAAUAGGAAAAACAAAGUAAAAAGCGGUGAAAGUUCAGAUGAGUCUGAGGGUGAAUCCGUUACUGAGACUCAACAGGUAAUUUUCGUGGAAGAUAAAGAGCGAACGGAGAGUGCAAUGGGCGGUACGGAAGCUGAGAGCACCGCCGAUGGUGAAGCCAUAGUGCCUAAAACACAAGACAUUGUAGUAUGGCCGCACGUGGUGGCGGCGCAGAUAGUCCCGAUCGACGGCCACCCUCGGCGGACGCGGGUGCCUGACAAACCCAACUACCCGCUCAGUCUUUGGUCUAUCAUGAAGAAUUGCAUAGGCAAGGAGUUAUCAAAGAUCCCGAUCCCGGUGAACUUCAGCGAGCCGCUGUCGAUGCUGCAGCGACUGACGGAGGACUACGAGUACUCGUCCAUCCUGGACCAGGCCGCCAAGUUCAGUGACCCCGCGCAACAGCUCGCAUACGUCGCCGCAUUUACCGUCUCGUCGUACGCAACUACUGCUUGCAGAACGAACAAGCCUUUCAAUCCGUUGCUGGGCGAGACAUAUGAAUGUGACCGCAUGGCGGACCUCGGCUGGCGAGCUAUAUCCGAGCAGGCAAGUGGAUCAUAUUCUCAUUUGUUAGUAGAACAAACGUCAUACCGCUGGGGGGCGCGUCCGCCAUGUUCCCUAGCUCUGGAAACAAAUACACUUGGAGAAAGGUACGCACCACACGGGCCGGGGUGGGAGACGAUAGGCACUCGACACCCGCAGCGUGACGCAAUAAGACUUGCUGCCCCUAUAUAUUGCGUCACGCGUGUAGCGGGUGUGGUAGACAGUGCAGAGAGUGCGCGAGUGCAGGUGUCGCACCACCCGCCUCGCUCGGCGCAGCACUGCGAGGGCGCGGCGGGCUGGCACUGUCGCCAGGACAUCUCCGUCACCAGCCGCUUCCGCGGACAGUUCAUCACGGUAGACCCUGAGGCAGAGUCCAAUAUUUGCUUCCCCGACAAUAGCUCCUACUAUUGGAAAAAGGUGACGACAACAGUGCACAAUAUAAUAGUCGGCAAGUUGUGGGUGGACAACCACGGUGACAUGGACAUCGUGGGCGAGUCGGGGCCCGCCGCGGGAUACGUGGCGCACCUCAAGUACCUGCCCUACGGAUACUUCAGCAAGGAUACGCAGAGGAAGGUUACCGGCGUUAUCAAGGAUCCACAGGGAGUGCCUCGCUACGUACUACAGGGACACUGGGACAACCGCGUGGAGGUGGCACCCGUCACCAGCACGUCGGCCGACAACACGGUCUGCAAGACUGGCAAGUUUACCGUCGCCUGGGAGCGCGUCGCCGCGCCUUCAGACUCCGACAAGUGGUACAACUUCACGGUACUGGCCGCGCAGCUCAACGAGUUUGAGGAGGGUGUGGCACCCACCGACUCGCGGCGCCGCCCCGACCAACGCCUCAUGGAGGAGGGCCUAUGGGACGAGGCCAACACGGAAAAGCUCCGACUUGAGGAGAAGCAGCGUGCCAAGCGGCGCGAGCUGGAGGCGGCGGCCGAGGAAGCGGCGGCAGGCGGCGCGCCGGCGCCGGCGGGGCCGCGGCCGCUGUGGUUCUCGCGCCAGGCGCUGUCGGCGCAGGGCCAGCAACACUUGCGCCACCUGUACACGCAUCGCUACUGGGACUGCAAGCGGCGCCAGGACUGGAGCGCCUGUCCCGACAUCUUCUAGCCGGCGCCUCCGCUCUCGGUGGGAGACGUGUCACCGGAUCGAGUCUCAGUCGUCAGUGUCGCUCUAGGCUAACGUCGUUUUCGUUUAUGCCAUCACAUGCGUUGGAAGUUUUACUCAUUCCAUAUUAACUGUGGUUGUUUUUAUUAUUUAUUGUUAUUUUUCAAAAUUAGUUUAUCGUACGAUUAACGUGUACAUAAUUCUUAUUUAUGACGCUAUCUCAAUUUCCACGCGACUCGUGGCCUAAUAGUUAAGUUGUUAGCUCUUAGACAUUUGUGAGCACCGCUUUUGGUCGUACGUGUUGAACGUUUCGAGGCUUCUCUCAUUACAACUAACAACGAAAGUAUUUCACUCACUUAAUCGAAAAUAACGGGCUUAUCAUAGUGUUCCGACUAAUAUUGACUUGUGCUUGUAAUCCAAACAUAAAGAACCCAAGAGUUGUAUUCAUGAAAUGGUCUAGGACUGGGAACGAAGGUUAUUCAUCAGUUACAAACUGAAUUCUAUUAUGAAAUUUCCUUUUAACUAAUCCCACUUCGGGUCUGGAAUAUUGUCUUAAUUUAGUUGUAUAUUAUCUUCUGUAGAAGCCAAGAAAAUUAAUAAGUAGACGUGAUUAUUAAAUUAUAUAAAAUCAGGUGCUUCUAAUGGACAGGUUUCAAUUUUAAUCAAUAAAAUUUAUAUUCAUUGCUACUAAUCUAGAAAGUGACAAAUGUCUAGCGGGCAUUAAACGAAGCUCUUUACGUCCUAAUAGAAAAUGUCGCGUCGUAAAACGUAUCUUUUAAUGCCUUAUUGUAAGUGUUAAAAAUGAACACAAGUUAAUAUCAGGCGACGUGGCGCUAAUGUGACCGCGACGAGCUGACGAGGGCGCUACGCCUCUUGGUAUCAACUUGUAGUGAUCUAGAAUAUUUUGUAAGGUCUAUUACAAAUGUACAUUUUCAAGUGGAUGUAAGAUAAUUUGUUAAUAUUUUUAUUAUAAUAGAAUGAUAUUUGAAUACGAAGCCAUAAACAUCUGUAUCAUGUUGAUUAUGAAAAUAAAAUAUGUCACUGAAUA